UUGGGGCCCCGGCCCCGGGGCGGCUCCUUCCCAGGCCGCCGCUGCUGGAGCCUCGUCCGGUGCGGGGCUCGCGCGACAGGCCCGGGCGGAGCGGCCGCUGCAGCCGGGACGGGAGCCAUGCCGAGCAAGAAGAAGAAAUACAACGCCCGCUUCCCUCCGGCUCGAAUCAAGAAGAUCAUGCAGACGGAUGAAGAAAUUGGCAAAGUGGCGGCUGCAGUCCCGGUGAUCAUUUCGCGAGCGCUGGAGCUGUUCCUGGAAUCCCUGCUGAAGACCGCCUGCCACGUCACCCAAUCCAGGAACGCCAAAACGAUGACAACGUCCCACCUGAAACAAUGCAUAGAACAGGAGCAGCAGUUUGAUUUCCUGAAGGACCUGGUGGCUUCGGUACCCGAUAUGCAAGGCGACGCCGAGGACAACCACAUGGAAGCGGGAGAGAAGGUUUCCCGUCGGGGCCGGAAACCUGGCAGCGGGCGAAGGAACGGUGGCACGGCGGGAAAAGGAAAAGAUCCGAAACAAUCCGGCACAGACUCGGAACAGGACGAUGAUUCGGAAGAGAGUGAAAGCAACGGAGAAGAGGAAGCUUUGCCAACGAUCCCGUCUAUACAACCAGCUCCUACACAUCUCGCUCCAGCUCCUGCACCCUACCUCCAUUUUACAGCCCCUCCCGUAUCCGCUACCCCCUUGCCUGUACCGGCUCCAACAGGAACAGUCCCCGUUGCACUUCCGCCUGCGUCGCUCGCGCCAGUCCAGGCAGGAGAAGAGGAAGAUUAUGACUCUUAACCUUCCCCCCCUCUCCGUUUCCGUUUUCACUGCUGCCAUUUGGGAUGGGAGGGUGGGGUGGGGGGUUGAGGGGGGGAAUCACAGGGGGUUUGAAAGGGGCUGUUCUUAAAUUUAUUAAAAAAGAGGAAAAUCUCAGAGGCGAUUGUGGGAUUAUUUAAUUUUUUUCCCCCCGCAUCUGGGAAUGGCAGAAUGGAAUUACCAUCUGAGGUAAUUCCUUGUUGAGGAUCCGCCGUUGAGCCCAAUGUUUCACAUUGCUAAGGGAGACAUUUGCUAAGAGGAGUUUGGCCGCCGUCGUUAAGCGAAUCAGUGCAGCGGCUAAGUUCGUCCCGCCAUUGUUAAGCGAAUCUGGCUCCCCUCCACUGCCUCUCAGAUGGUCGCAAAAGUUGAUCGCGUGACCCCCGGGGUGCUGUGAUCAUCAUAAAUAUGAACCAGUUGCCAAGCGAUCCCAUGAUUGGGGGCAUGCUGCAACGGUCGUAACCGUGAAAAACGGUCAUAAGUCUUUUUUUUUUUUCAGUGCCGUUGAAAAACUGAGAUUAGUCACUAAACUAAGGGUCAGCAACCUGCGGCUCUGGAGCCGCAUGUGGCUCUUUCAUCCCUCUGCUGUGGCUCCCUGUCACUCAAAAUAUGCGUCAACCCCGCCAAUGUGCGACACCCACCGGCACGCGAUUUAUUGAGCUUUUCAACCCCCGGUAGGCCAACCAGGGAUAAAUCCAAGAAAAGAAAAGUUUCAGAAGAAAACAGAACAUUUAAUUCAACUACAUUUGCUAGUUUUGUGGCCGCUCGAGAAAUAGUCAGGCACGGGAAGGUUUUGUGGCUCCCGGUGUUUUCUUUUCUGUGGGAAACGGGUCCAAAUGGCUCUUUUGAGUGUUUUAAGGUUGCAGACCCCUGCACUAAGCGAACUGUCGUAAGUCAAGGACUAUCUGUAAGGUAACACAGCUGUUGUGAUGGGCCAACUCUGUUUUUAAUCGAGCCAGCGUUAAAACUUGGAGGCGUUUUCCCAGCGGGUUAAGGGAAUCUAAUGACUCACGUUUGCACAACGUGUUCAACCUGUUUUGUGGUUCAGCCUCUCUUUUUCCACGUUCACAAACACACUGAACCCACAACUCACCCAACCGGCUGGCUUUGCAACCGACGCUAAACCACACACAGACAACAAAGGAAGCGGCCUGAUUUAAAACUACAGCCCAAUUACAAACACAAAAUUUCAAUUGUCUACGUUUUUCCAAACUGGGCUUUUUCCAUUUUUGCGAUUAAAUCACAAAAAAAAUC